UUUUUCAGAUCAUAUCUUUCACAGCGACCGAUCAAUCCCCUGGACCAGUGGGAAAUUCUUCGCGAGCAAAUAGAAUACGAAGGGGAGCUGGGCCGAGGAGCGUUCGGUGUGGUUUACAAAGCAAUGCUUUGGGAAAGAGUUGGGAUAGAGGUGUUUAGCAUAGAGAUUUCAAAACGGAAACUGUUAUCCAGCAAGACGGAGCCUCGGGUGGUUGCUGUCAAGGUUUUACUUGGUGAGACUAAAAACGAAAUUAAUGCAUGACCAUACAAAUAAUAAUAAAAAAAUGUUUUCAUUUUCUCGUUAUAUUACCAGCUCUAGGCAGGUCUUUCGGAAUUACUACUUAUGCCCUAGAUGCAAGAACCGAGUUACGACAUUUGUAAAGGAAUAACUUUUAUUUUAAAGCCAAAGCUCUAGAAUCAUUCAAGUGAAUGAACACAACAACUUGAACACAAACACGAAGCCUCAAGCUAAAAAGAAACGAUUUUUAAAGUCAUCCCAGACGAGAAACGUCAGUGGAGGAAAAAGAUGCAGAUAAUAUAAGGAAAGUACUUUGUAAAUCAUUCAUUCAGUUGUUUUAAGAAUUAAUUGUGUUGUUAUAAGUAACGAGUGGACUGUUUUGGUCCGCUCCGGUUAUUCUUUGUUGCUGUUGAAGUGAAAGGUCUAGAAAUAUAACAAAACACUUAAUGUCAGGUCCCUCGGGAAACCAGUUAGUUUUGUUUUCCCUCGAGUCCUAAUGUUUCCCGAGACGAAGUCGAGGGAAACAUAAGGAUUCUCGGGAAAACAAAAGUAACUGUUUCCCUCGUGAUCUGACAUUAACGUUCGAUGUUGUCGUUAUAAUCGUAAUAAAGCAUAACCACGCGCUUCUAAACAAUCUUUUAGUACACAUGCUUGGUACGGAAAAGGCUCAUUUCAUCACAAGAUAAAAAAUUAUUGGCACCUAACGUUGUGCAUGACAUUAUCCAUAUGGUUGGGUUUCGCCACUUUACAAACAAGAAGGAAACUGGGCCGAGUCAACUUGCGCAAAGACUGCUGGGACUGUUACUUGGAAAAGGGGAAAAAUGGUCAAUAGCUGACCUGCGCGUGCGCAUCCCCAAUAACGAUCCCCGAAGCCUUUGCGAAAGCUAACUCGGCCCAGUCUCCUCCCCGUUUCUAAAGUGGAAGUCGAAUUUAACAGAAGAAGUACCGUGCCAAUACGUUCUGAUGUGUUUAGAUAAUCCUAGCGCAGCACAGAAAGAAGAAUUCCAGUUUGAGAUCGAGCAGAUGAAGCAGUUGGGUUCACAUCCGAACGUUGUUUCCUUUGUUGGUUGCUGCACGCUUCAGGAUGAAAAGUUCCUGGUGAUAGAGUAUGUUCCUUUUGGGGAUCUGCUGACAUGGUUACGCUGCAGAAGGAACAGGGUGAGAAAAUGAACAAAUUUCUGCAAUGUACUUUGAACUAGGGUUACUGAAGAAAAAAGGAAAAGGAUUCGCCUCUUUGGAAACAUGAAGGAAUAUUCCCAGUUUUCCCCUUUUUCGAUUGCAAAAUAUCAAGCAUUUUCGCGUCAUUUCAUCCUUAUUUCUCCCACUUCCCACCCCAUUACAGCACCCGCCUCCCGCCCUUUCCUCUCCCUCCUGCCCCCCCAUUCUCCUGGGUUCGCCCCACACUUGUCCUCCUCAAUUUUUAGCUCCCAGUUCUCAUUUCAGAACGUUAUGGAGCUAGAAGCUUUAGCUUGGACCCAUUUGUUAAUAACUAUUACGUUUUGCUGUGUGAACAAAAUAUGACGCUAUACUUAGCCUUAGAGUAGCCAAAGCGAGGUGUUUUCACUUUUUGAUGUUGCUGAAUCUUGUAGAUCUACACACGCCAAACCUCCAGGAAAAUCUACGACGACAAAGUGGGUUUGAAAGAUGACGGAAACGCCAAAAAUCAGGUAGGGGUAAACUAAACGCUAUAUUCGAAUGGUCUUAAAAUUGCAGUCAGAAGUUUUAAGCUUAUGUGUAACUAAAUUACAUGCUUUGAUAUCAAUAAGUAACAUGUCCAGGAGGACAAUAAAACGGUUUUUGUAUGCGAUAAGCAUGGCUUAGCCUGUAGAGUGUCGAGUCAGUGAGUGGCUUAGACAGACCAUUGGGGCUUAUCAUGUUGACAGUGCCAUAUAAAGUCCAUUUUCGCGAGCAUCUAUCCGUAUCCUACAGUCCAAAGCCCAGGAUUUCGGAUUUCUCAAGCACAAAAUUUUCCAAGAUUUCGGAGUCCAUAAGCUAAAAAUUCCCCGGUUUCCGAAUUCUGAAAUCCCGAUUUCCUUACAUGCAGCGAACUCUUCCCCCGCAGGAUAAGGGAUUCAAAACUAACAGCGACGAACAGCCAACAGUCCCUUCCGCAUCGAUGGAAAAUCAGCACAGUCAGCACGCCCCCGCCCUGUUAGCCUCAACGGAAAGUUUGGCCGAAGAUCUCACUGAUGACGAGGCGUCGUUUUCCACCGAUCAAAACAUCUUUUCAUUUGUUCAGGAAAUGGCGAAGGGAAAGGUAAUAAUAUAUAUAUAUAUAUAUACCUGGUUUUUUGAAAACCGGGCUACUAAAAAAUGUCAGUCUCUCGCACUGAUUGUUAAUUUGAUGGCCCUUGUUACUUGAAAAGUAAAAUCUCACCUCAAAAAGAAAUUAUUGAAUACAUGAGCCUCCAUUUGAUAGAAUCGUCUAUCUUGAAGGUAACAAAAGUGACGUUUUCCUCAUUAAUCUGGAAAAUAAGGCAUUUUAAGAAGCAAUUUUUAGUGUCGGUGUCACCGAUUGCAAAGCCAAUUCCCCAGUUCACCCCAUUUUUAAUUGACGCUGGUCUCCCAAAAACAAUCUAAGCCAACACUGCUCAACAAAACCAAGUCCUAAAACCAGCAGUUCAACUGCUUGCUGACUAGGAACAUUCUGAACAGAGUGGGUCAUUGCUUACAUGCAAACAGCACAAACAAACUGCAUAAGAGUGCAAAAACACAUCAAACUUUACAACAACCCCACUCCCCUGCAAUUUAACCAGGCUACCCCAAAUGCAUACCAGACGAUAGCCCCCUGUCUGUGCAACAACAUGGCACCCGGCCAGACACAACCCCCCCUUAAUUUGAGGGAGACAUUGAGCUUUGAAAGACAGGGGUAGCCCCGGUACAAAAACUCAGCGAAUCCGCACUCUAGCACAAAGCAUAGUCUUUACAACAACCCCACCCCCCUGGAAUUUAACCAGGCUACCCCAAAUGCAUACCACAUGAUAGCCCUGUGUCUGUGCAACAACAUGACAGCCAGCCAGACACAACCCCUCCUUAAUUUGAGGGAGACAUUGAGCUUUGAAAGACAGGGGUAAGCCCAGGUACAAAGACUCAGCAAAUCUGCACUCUAGCACAAAGCAUAGUCUUUACAACAACCCCACCCCCCUGGAAUUUAACCAGGCUACCCCAAAAUUCAUACCACAUGAUAGCCCUGUGUCUGUGCAACAACAUGAGACUUAGUUUGACGGAAGCCCCCCUCAAAAAAUAUUAGCUGGGCCAACGGGGGCAACAGCCCGUCCCUACGGGACGGGCUGUUGCCCCUCAGUAAAAUUUUCUGAAUUUGCACUGAUUUCUGUCAAUUCCAGGAAGUUAUUUGGAGCCCAUGGUUAAGAGGUGAGGGUGGUUAGUCCUGAAGAGCGAGAUUGUUAUUUUUACACUAAAAGUAUCAGGGCUUUAAGCGAAUUAAGUUUUGAAAGAUUGCCUGCAAUGUGCUGGACUUGACUUAAGAUUUCAGGCAACCCGGUUUUCAAAACUCCAGGUAGAUAUCUCCAAUUAUUGACCUUUCUGCAUCUUAACUGUCAAUUCCUACUAACAUUUUUAUUUUUUACAGUGAAAGAGGCAUUUGGAUGGUGAAUCCCUGGAGAUAAUUAUAUAUAUAUAUAUAUAUAUAUUAUAUACAUACUGAGAAAUACUCACCAAAAAGCUAUGUCGUAAAUUUUCGUACGCAAAUUAGUUAUAGCCAAUCAGAGGAGCGAACGAUGGUUUUCAUACGUGAAAAAAACGAUACGUCCAAUCAGAAUAGCGAACGAUGUUUUUUCACGUGUGAGAAAAAUGAUACGUCCAAUCAGAAGCCACAGAGGUGUAGGAGUUUCGCGCCAAAAUUCCCGCCUUUUAUUGCAGCUUGCAGCGCCGCUUCGCACACAUUUAUUAACGAGAAAAGUUUUACUCAAGGAGUUUUUCUCGCUAAAAAAGUGAAAAACAUUUCGGAAAUGGAGUGGAAUAGUUUCGUUUGUUUCACUGUCGAUAAAAAAAUACGGUAGAGAGCCGGUGAAACAACAGCGGAAAGGGAUAAACAGAACGAGACGUAAGCUUUUGUUGUGCUUUUUGUCGGAGCUACUUUGCCUUUCAUUUAAGCUUAAGCUUAUAUUGAAACCGGCCAUUUUACUUAAAUUCACUCAUUUUCAAUUGUGCAUUGAGAACAAACAGUUAAGAUUACUUAUAGUUCUUGGAUUAAACCUCAUAUCCUCACCGUCAUUUAUGUUUUUAACAAACGUUUUUACUAAAAAGCUGAUACUUCGUUUUCGUUGUCAUUUUGCGGUAAGUGUGUAGCGGCAAAUUUUAGCUUUUUUGAAAGAUUUAAAAUAAAAAGGCCCGCAAAAUGAUGAAUGACUCAGUAUGUAUAUAAUAAACACAAUACCACAUGGAAAGUGCUUUGUACGGUAUUUACGCACUCGUUGUUUUUGUAUCAGAAAUCUUACUCGUUCGCUGCGCUCACUCGUUCGAUUUCUGAUACGUCAACAACUCGUGCGUAAAUACCGUACGCCAGCACUUUCCAUGAAGUAUUCUCUAUAUAUAUAUAUAUAGUUUUUUUUUUUAAAUAGCUUGGUCUUUUGAGAGCUACACCUCUUUUACUGUCACUGAAACCAGUGGUGGCAUCGCGGAAUUACGGCUGUUUUCUCAGGCUACUUUCCAAUUUGUUAACGGAUUUUGAUUUCACACAGGAAAGCAAGGAUGCUAAGCAACAGGUGGAGCAAGAGCAGACACAAAUGAACAUGGAAAUGACUCCAUUAUUGCAAGAUGACGGUGACGUCAUUAGAGAGGAAGCCCAGAUGACCUCUGAGAAUCUCCAUGAUGUAAACUUUUUUCAAUUCAUUUCAUUUUAUACAUUAAAAUAUGCGAGAUUACACAACAUUUAGUCCUAACUUACCGUUUUUAAGACGUUGCUUAUUUAAAAUGCGCCUAGAAAAAAGAAAACAAACAAACAAAUAAACAAACAUCACACCAGGGGCACCCAACGAGAGUAUAGUUCAAAACCACAUAAACAUAGCAUUGUUGAACGUACUUUAGUAUUUAAACGGUAGAUAAAGGCUUAUUUUUAUCCCCUAAAAAUUUUUCAUCUGUUCGGAUUUCCUAGCUGAAAGUAUAGUGAUCCGAAAAUUAUAGGGAUCAAAAUUUACCUUUUCGAAAAUUUCAGCCAGAAAAAGGGCUCCCGAAAAUUCUAGGUGACCUUUUUAGGGUAAAAAUCCGUUAAAAAUGGGCAAUUAUACGAUUUUUUUGAAGUUCGAAAAUCCUAUACUAGGAGAGGUAGGCAAGCAAGAAAUUUGUCAGAAAAUGAUCCGAAAAUUCUAGACCUCAAAUCGUCUUCCGAACAGAUAAUUUUCCGAAAAUUGUCGUUGGGUGCCCCUGAUCACACUGCCAUUUCGUUCGUAUAUUCCUUCUUCACAUAGCACUUCUGUAGUCUCUGUAUAUUCUCCCCCGACGUUGUCACCUUAAAGCAAAACGAGCCACUGCACAUGCAACUGUCAAAAGGCCAGAGCCGCCCAUUACUUAAUAUUCCAUUAAUUAUAGUAAUAAACAAAUAUACUAGUUUCCAAUUAUUUUCACGCCGUUAGUUAUUCAGCCGUUCAAGGUGUUGUUAACUACAAAAUAAUCUGCUGAUGUUUAUAAUAAACAUUUUUCCUCAAUUUCCAUGUCCAUUUGACCCAUCUGAGACAACAAAACAGUCGUCAAAGGCACUAACUCGCGGAGUAAGAUUCUCGCGCGAGCUUCACACGGCUGAGGGGCGUCCCUUCAGAUCUUUCAUUCAACCGCACGCGCGCGCUUUCCUGAUCUAUACAUUGUAGACCCUUCUUGACAUGUUUUGCACUAUUUGUGCAUUUAGGAUAAGGGAUUGGAAGAGUUCACUAAAGAACAGUUGAACAUGUCAAACAACCCACCCGUGGAAAGUCAGCACACAGAAUCGAAGCCGCCUUUGAGUGAAAGUCUCGAGGAAGAUCCACAAGACGAGGAGGAAAGCUUUUCUACUCGACAGCUCUUUAAAUUUGCAUGGCAAAUAGCGAGGGGAAUGGUAGCUACUGUAUUUGUUUACAUGUUAUCAUACUGUAUUUGACUAGAGAGUUAGCCUUUAAAAAUGGACGCUGAUUUCAAAGGCGAACUGUAUGGGGCAUAUAUAUAUUGAGAAAGUAGAAUUUCCCUACCAAAAUUUACCUGCCCUCAAGAAAAUAAAAGUACCAAGUUUUCUGACAAAACCACUUUUUAGCGCAAAACAGCCAAAUCGGGCUAAAUGCCAUGAAAUGAAAUCGGGUGGAAAAAUCGGCAAAAGACGAGUUUUAGGAAAUGAGUUUUUUCUGCAGUUUUGGUAUCUUGAAAGCAACCACACGAUCUGCCAACACGCUGUUUUACGCCCAUUUCGGUUCCUUGCGCUCUCGGUUUUCUUCCAGAGUAGCCUAUACCCUCGAUCUUCCCACAUUUUCAUUCAUUUAAAGAUAUUCCCUUGAUGUACUCUCGUGACAUGAAGCCAACUUCGAAAACCUCGAUCGAAACUCAGGUACCUGGGCGUGACUUUUGAAACACUGAAAAUACCAGGGGAACCGAGAAACGGCGGCGAUUGUACGAUGGACAACAACUUAAGAGGACUGAGAAGCAAUUCAACCAUCGUCAUACAAAACAUUAUAGGAAAAAUGCAGCUUGGACGCCAGACUUUUCGUAUUAAAAGUUAUUAACGGAUUUUAAUUCGCUGACCAUAGUUAGUCGAGACGGGUUUCAUUACCAUUCCACUUUAAUAACUAUGGCUCAACUAAAGUCACUUUAAUUAUUUAUUCUACAAAAUUUCAAAAGUCAGGAACAACAAGUUAAAGAGAAAACUGAAUAUUUCGAUCGAAUCGCUCGAACUUCAUUAGCAAUGCAAAAAUGCCAGGUUAUGUACCAAAUAGGUUGUCAUGUUCCCCCAGGAGAGGAUAGUACAUGGCCGGGAGGUCCAGUCCCUCGUCCUCAUUCACGGAGGGUUUUCUUUCUGCGAUUGUAAUGGCCUCCUUGACUCGGUAAAAACCUUGAUGGUGCCAUUUUUGUCAGAUAGAACUUUAGCAUUGUGGGGGUUGAUGUUGUGACCCCCGUUGCUCAACAGUGUUCGAAAACGGCAAAAAUUUCACGGGAUUGGUGUUCUUUGAUCUGGGUACAAAAGGAUUUUGGAAGAAUAUUUUAUAAGAAUUUUGGCUUGUAUAUUUAAGUGUUGGUGUCUGAACUGACGGCUAACUGGCUGUUGAUCAUGGACAUAAACUCUUCCUUAAAUUAGUUAUCUGUCAUUAUGUGAUGCUAAAAUUUGAUUUCCCUUUCUCUACCUCUACAACUAGAAUCAUCUUGCCGAAAAAAAUCUUGUUCAUAGAGACCUUGCAGCUCGUAACGUCCUUGUUGGCCAUGACAAUCGGGUGAAAGUGUCUGACUUUGGGUUGAUGCGACAAAUCUAUGAAGAUGUGAAGGGCUCAGAAAAGUCCAAGAAACUUCCCGUCAAAUGGAUGGCUCCAGAAUCGCUUUAUCGAGGCAUCUUUACCAUCAAGAGCGAUGUGUGAGUAGAAUAAGACCUUCAAUUUAACGCUAGACUAUAUAUCUCAUCGUAUGAGUCUCGUACUGGAUUAACUUACUUUUAAUAGUCUUUUCCGAACUGAUUUUUUUAUCCCGGACGACGUAUACGUAAUUUUUUCGCGGAAUAUCUCGGUAAGUUCUCGAACGCCAUCUCGUUAUGGCAAAGCUUGGGUUAAAAUUUUGCCAACUGAUUUAUAUUAGUAGGAUUUUGCUGGCCUCUCUAAAACUAGCCUGGAAAAGGCAAAGCGUGAAUGUCCUUCCUCAAAAUCUUCUUAGCCUUGACCGUCUGCCUAUAUCGCUCUGUAACCAUUUUGUUGUUUUCUGAUCUUUUCUUUCCUAGCUGGUCCUACGGCGUACUUCUGUGGGAAAUGGCCACACUGGGUAUGCAUACUUAGAGAUUUAUUUACUUUAAUUACACAACUGCUUGCUUACUUUUGCUCGUUUCUAAUAAAAAACACUGACUCAUAUAAUUUUUUGGUCCAGGCCCCCAGUUGUUCAUUCCCAGAUUCCAUCUUUUCCAGCUCUCGCACGUUUGCCUCUUAAUUCCUUCACACUUAACAUGCUCGCACGAAAAACAAUAGGCCGUGUCCAGGUUGCCCUAGACUACGAGUAGUCCCCCAUUUUUCCUCAGGGAUAGUAGAGCGAGUGAAACGCGAGCGCUCGUGAAAAUCACCCCACGCGAGAAAAGGCGACACGCGGCGGGGAGAGAGAAAAAUGAAGCCUUUUCUCGCGUGGGGUGAUUAGCAAAAAUGGGGGACUACUCGUAGUCUAGGGUUUUCCCAACCCACUGUUUCAAAGCGAGGCUAAGUGUGAAGCCAUUGAUAUGAAAAUGAGUUUUUUUACUUUCAUGCAAAGGUAACUCAUUAUCACAAGAAAGGUUUUGCACUCGUUUUGAAAGUGAGGGUUUUUGUAACUCGGAAAUGGCCUUUCCUGAAGGACUUUGCAGUCUACGACCUGAACAAAUAACGUGAAAAUGAUUGUCAAACUUACUGCCCAGCUUUUUCUGAAUAACUGAUUUUCUUCUUCUGUUGGAUCCAGGAGGCGUACCAUACCCUACGCUGACCAACACAGAGCUGUAUCGCCUGCUCAGCUCUGGAUACCGAAUGGAAAAACCUGACAUGAGCUCCGAUGAAGUGUAAGUUGAUCGCUCCAGUGAUUUGAGGAUAUGUUAUCAUGACAGAAUUAUAGACAGGACAAAAUUUUACUUUAAAAAGAGCUUAGUACGACAUUGCCCUUUGAAUACGAACAGUUGGUUUCCAGGGUCAAGAUCUCCUACUCUCCGCGCCCCGGGGGCAUGAAAAGGAAACUCGGACCAUGUGAACGAGGCUGUGGAGUUCGGCCCCUGAUGGUCACUGAUGAUGUAUACGGCUGGCUCCGCAAGCGAACAAAAUGAAGUAAAUCCCGCGAGAAAGGAAUUGCCCGCGUUCUUUUCCGAAGAAAAACAACCUCCUUCAUUGGCAUGCUUGUGGGACAACACAGACUCCUCUUCUUUUCACGUACAGUUAGUGGUGAUGGGCCUAUUAGCCUUUUCCCGCUUCAAGCCUCCACUUGCGCGUGCGCCUGAUCAUUUUUUCUCUAACUGCUGCUGUGGUGCCAAUCAAGGUUGUCCAAAAACGCUUAAAUGUACCAUAUAUCCAUCUUUAAGGAUAAUGACCCAAAAACCAAGACGUGAGUUGACAAAUCAGAAUCUCAGAAUUAGUUCUAUGACAGACUUUAAUGUGUUUGAAUACAACACCAGUUUAGUUUUCUUCAGCUCCAUAUACUCUAAGAGACCUCUAAAAUGUCUUAAACAGCUCAAAUGUGGUUGAUUCUGUGCUGAAAGUUUGUAUAGUUACCAUCUCUGACCAUUUCUCAUCCAGCCACAGUCUUUACCUCUCAAUUUCUCUUCGAUUACCGCUGACUGGCAUGGGUUGUUUUUUGCGGUACGUCCCUAGGCCUUAUUGCGCCAGGCCGAUGCGUUUCGUGUCAAGUGGUCCGAAAGAUUUUAUCUCGGAUGCGUCGUCGAAAUGCAUUGACCGAGACAGGACUGGAAAGACACUGUACAGGGACUAGGCAAGGUUGUUGUAUUUCCUAAACAAAAACAUGAACACUAAGGAGCUAAUUUGAGAGAAUUAUAAAUCGGUUUGUUUUUAACUGUCUUCGACAGAUACGAGUUGAUGACAGAGUGCUGGAAGGAAGACCCAAGAGCUCGACCCAGUUUCUACCAGAUGAUAGAAAAACUGGAGAUCAUCAUGCAGAAGGAUGCACCAUAUUUGGAUGUGAACAAGCAUGAUGAGGCCCAUCCAUACUAUAACGUGCCUCCAAAUAUGGAGUAA